GCCUUUUCUCAUCCGCUUAAAGGAGCAGGGAAUCAAACGGACCUAACAUUGCCACGUCUGCUCGGCCUUCUGUCGGCAUGGCUGUGCUAAGGCCGAAACAGCAUUAUUAUCCCCAAAAGGAGAAAAGAUUAUUCUUGGUCUCUCGAUCCCUCUCCUCUCCCCGGGAACCUUACUUCACUUACCCUCCGAUUCUCACUUCCUAUGGAGAUUCAUCCUCAUCCUCUCAUUUUGAUGGUGGGUUUCUUCCAAGAACCCUAUGAUGAGCAAGAUAGACUGAAGGAUUGAUUGUAAUACUUUCUUUAGGUAGAAAGUCCAUUUUGCAGACGAGAUUCUAUUGGAUUUUGUUGGAUUAGAUAAUUAGGUUAGAAGGAUUUGGGGUUCCUAGAAUAUUGAGAUGAGUAAACUUGAUUCAUCACGAGUGGUUGAAUCAUAGUUUGUUAUCUUCUGAGACCUCAAAAGGACUGAUAAACAGUGCGAUGUGUGAAAUUUUUAUAUCACUAGAAUUUUUGUUUUAAAGGUGAGAUUCACCAAAGCUUGCCCCAUCCUUGGUUAGUUACUUAUGGACUUAUAAUUAUGUUGUUAUGUUUAGAGACUUCACUAUAUAAGUUCAUGUAAUAUGUAAAUAUGUAAUCAUGUCAUGGUAGUAAUAAUAUACUUUUAUGCAUGUA